CCGAGCGCCGCGAUGGGGCUGGAAACCGAGAAGGCGGACAUCCAGCUCUUCAUGGACGACGACGUCUACAGCCGCCACAGCGGCGUCCACUACGCCGACCCCGAGAAGUUCACGGACACGGACCCAGACCGGGAUCCCCAUAGGCUCAAUUCGCAUCUCCAGCUGGGCUUCGAGGACGUGGUUGGCGAGCCCGUGUCUACGCACUCCUUUGACAAAGUGUGGAUCUGCAGCCACGCUCUCUUUGAGGUCAGCAAGUACGUGGUCUACAAGUUCCUGACGGUGUUCCUGGCCAUCCCCCUGGCCUUCGCUGCAGGGAUUCUCUUUGCUGCCCUCAGCUGUCUGCACAUCUGGAUUAUAAUGCCUUUUGUAAAGACCUGCCUAAUGGUCCUGCCUUCAGUGCAGACAAUAUGGAAGAGCAUGACAGAUGUUGUCAUUGCACCAUUGUGUGCAAGCGUAGGACGCUGCUUCUCUUCUGUCAGCCUGCAGCUGAGCCACGACUGA